UGUAACUUUUGCCAAUUUCAGGUUUUGGUCCUCGGAAUAUGCAUGGACCUGGAGGGUUCAAUGGCCCUAGAGGCUUGCUUGGACCCCCACCCAUGGGCAUGGGAUCCAUGAUGGGAGGCAGGCCACCCCUCAUUGGCGACAUGCCCAGUGGCCACAGUGGACCUGGUGGAAUUCCUGGACAAAGGCCAGGUAUGUGGAUGGAUGGUCCAGGACCCAGGUUCCAAGGCCAUGAUGUACAUGGGCCCAGAGAUGGCCUCCCUGAUCGGCCAUGGGACAAUGACAGGUCCAGAGAUGGAGAUAGAAAUAUGGACAUGGAUCGAUUCAGGGAAGGAGACCGAGGCCGUGAUGAAGACAGAGGGAGGGAUCUUGACCGGGAUCGCUCCAGAGAUGACAGAGGACGAGAUGACCGUGGAAGGGAUGACCGAGGCAGGGAUGACCGAGGAAGAGAUGAUCGAGGCAGGGAUGAUCGUGGAAGGGAUGACCGCACAAGAGACGACCGUUCAAGAGAUGACCGCUCAAGGGAUGAUCGAUCCAGGGAUGAUCGUAUGAGGGAUGACCGCUCCAGGGAUGAUCGGCCUAGAGAUGACCGGUCUAGGGAUGACCGCUCCAGAGGAGACCGAUCUCGAGGUGAACGCUCAAGAGAUGAUCGUUCUAGGGAUGACAGAUCAAGAGAUGACCGGUCUAGAGAUGAGAGAUCACGAGAUGACCGCAGAGAUGAUCGCAGAGACGACCGGUCUAGAGAUGAGAGAUCCCGUGACGAGAGAUCUCGUGAUGAACGUGGACGUGAGGAACGGCCAUGGGAGAGCAAUAAGUCUCGUGAUGGGGACAGGCCAAGGGAUCGUAGGGAUGAAAAGAGAUCAUGGGAGAAAUCAAGAUGGGGACCACGUGAAGAGGAAGAGGAAAAUAUACCCAUGGAGGGUAAUGAACCAGGCAAUUGGGAUAUGUGGGCGUCUGUAUCAGAUAAUAUGAAUAUGGGACUUAACAAGAAUGUAAUGGAAGAAAAACCCAAAGAAGAAAAGAUUGACCUAACUAAAGAAGAAUCACAGGAGGAGGAUCAGAAACCCACUGAAGAAACAGGCCCAAGUUUAGCUAAGGAGGAAUUGAAAAUGGACGUUAAUGAAGAACAAACUGAGAGCAAAGAAAAUUUAUUAUUAAAAGAUGAUCCAAAUAAUGGAGAAGGUGACAAUCCUGAAUGUGCCCCACCUGCCAUACCAGAAACGGAUCAGGCAGAUGAAAACAUUCAAGAAGAGUCAGCAGAUAAUGAUACUUCUCAUCAACAUGAACAGGAGCAGGAAAUGGAAGUAGAAGACCACAUGAAAGUUGAGCAUGAAGAUACAGUUCAGGAAUCUGAACCACUACCUGUGGAUCAAGAACAACAAAGAGAAGAAUCCCAAUGUGAAAAUAAUGCUCAAGAAUGUGACUUCUCCCAGGAAUCAGGUGAGAUGCAACAGGAAAACACAAAUCAAGACACAUAUUCUCAGGAAGAGUCUGAACAAGAAGCCUCCUCACACAGGGAGUUCAUUCAAGAGAGGGAGUUAGAAGAAUCCUCACCGCAACAGGAAAAUGUAGGAGAGGAGUUUGAUGAGUCAGAAAGAGAGACACAUCAAAGGGAAUCUGAGGAGUCUGGCAUUGGACACCAAACCACUGCAGUGGAGGAUGAGAAUGAAGGGAGAUAUAGUGUAAAUAGUCCUGGUAGUGAUAAUCCUCAGCCCGAGGGAGUUGCUUAUGAUGAUGGUGAUGAACGGGCCAAUGAAGGGGCAGAUGAAGGCUCUGGCAUUGAUGAGGAUCAGGGUCAAGUAGGUGAUGAAACUGAAGGACAGGAAGAAAGUGAUGGUGGACUAAAUGAAGACUAAGCAUUAUGCUUGAAUAUCAUUUGUGCCUAAGCAGUUAGAUUUUCUGAAUGAACUACUCGGGAACUUGGCAGAACCAAAAUUGCUUAAAACUAUGAUGUGAAAUGUGAUCAUGAGCUUAAUGUUUUAAAGUCAUCUGAUAUAUAUACAAUGCAGUUACGAUGAUGCAGCUGUGACAUCAGUGGAAUUUGAAAUUUGAUAUUUCAGUACUUUAAUUGACUGAUACAAGUGGUUAAUUGCAAUAGUGUUUCAAAGGAAUAUAUUGAGAAAUUACUUGAGGUGUACCUGAAGUCUGCUGGGACAUGAUGCCGCAAGUGACGAACCUACCUGUAAUGGGGGACAUGUGUCAUGCUAUUAUUUAUAUUCCUCUCAGGCGAGUGACUCUGUACCUUUUGGCUGUGAUCUUAUAAAUAUUUUCAUAAGCAGUUCUGUACAGUUUUAGCUUUUUUUUUUGUUUUAAUUUCAAAUAUUAACUUCAAUAAAUUUUUAACUAUUUUGCAUAUGACGGGAUAUUUCAUUUGUCCAAAGGUAAUUCUUUUAGUAAAAAAAUUGAAAGGAAAGGAAAAUGAUAUACAUCACAAAAAACUGAAAAUGAAAAGUCUUUGGAAAUAAUGGCUCACCAAGGAAGAGAUCAUUAUUUACCCAAAAUAUAACACCAAGGCAAUGUCAUUAGGUACAUGAGUCAUGCUGGAUGAUACGACUCAGGUAGGUCAGUAACUUCGGCAUCUCUGCAGUCAACGACCAGCUCAGCGAUGGACCCAGCAUGUCCACUCAAAUGUAGUGGUUCAUGCAAGGUAUGGUACCAAGUGGGGAUCCUCAAGUGUACAGAUGAAAACAAGUGUACAGUGCACAUCUGCCAACAAGGAUAAGUGCCCAAGUGAAACUGUGUAUAAAGAAGUGGGGUGUUUUAGCCCAUGAUGCAACGAACUAGACAAGCUGCAAGAAAGUGAAUGCAAUAUUGUUCCUCUGAGAUGUUGUGCAUUCUCGUGUGUUGGUGACCUCAAUAACUUCUUCCUCCUGCCAGUUAUAUGCUGUUACUAAAACUUUGUUAAAAACAAAAUAAUUUUGUGUAUAUCUUGAACUUGUUAAUUCCUUGUUUUCCUUGAUUCUAAAUAUGCCAGUAAUUUUUAGAGGCCUAAAGCUAAAUGAUAAGUUGAAGUCAACAGCUGUUAAAAGAGAAGAAGGGCCUGAGUGGUGUGCUCUCACACUUGUUUUAUUCUGUAUUUUAUGGUGGGUGGGCGGGAGCUGGAUCUUGCCUCCCGCCCAGCCAUUACCUCUUCUGCAGUCACAAGUGUUACUCUGAUCUAGCCUCCACAAACACAAUGACUUGACUCUCCUUGCCUUCCAUCUCUCCAUCCUCCCUUGGUCAUAGUUAUCUCAGUCCUCCAAACCUGUUUCUCCUUCAGAUCCAGUCCAAUCAGAGCCUUUUGUCUCAGCCCUGAAACAGAUCACCCCAAAUGCAUCCUCUUCAACUUGUCCACCUCGCCAUUGAUUUUUCUGUAUCUAGCCACUUGAUCCAUUAAGACCAUGCUUUUCUUGUGUUUUCUUGACACAAGCACGAGUUGGACACAUUGCAUGUGAUAUCUACAGAUGUAGUUGAGAAAGCAUUAUGGGAAUAGUCAGAAAGUCACUAAGAAUGAGCAUAAUUUGCAACAUACAAUAAUUGUCACUACAUCAUUCAUGAUUAGCACUUUACAUGGAAAGUUAGUGUGGGGUGGAUGGUACCCUCUGUGACUGCAAUUUUGGAGAGUCGACCAUUAUAUUGUUAAGAGUGAUUUUGACAUUUCAUAUUUAAAUGGUGAUCGACGGUGUAAUCUUAGGAUUAAGUUAACUAGAGAUAGUGUAGAAGAAGUGACUGCACAGGCCAACACAGAGUGAGCAGGUGAUGGCUGUAUAUUCUUCCUAGCCCUGGUCACCUCCUCCCCCAUCACAGUCUCCGCCGCCACCGCCUUUACUGCAGCCUCCAGCCGAUCAGCAGGAUGAUGGCGGUGGACCAGCCUAGGGUGGGAUGUAUGAUUGUAUACUGUGCUUAAUGUAGUAAUAAAGUGUUUGUACUCC